AUGUUAGCAGAGCCAUAUACACAACUACAGCGCCUCCUACCUAACAAAAUGUUCAGAACGAAAGGAAUUUUACUUGUCACUACAUUUUUGUGUUUUCCUGGCGUUAUUUCGGCUUCUUGCCCAAGUUCGAUGUACUCGGACUUGAAAGACACACUUCAGUCACCAGGUUUUAGUACGGGAAAUUACCCUCCGAACCAGAAUUGCACCUAUGAUAUUCGUGUUCCUCCUGGAAAAAGAAUAAUUCUUGCCUUUGACUUUGAAAUAUUUAAUAUUUUGGGAAGUAUGCCAGAUUGUUCUCAGGAUUCUCUGGAAAUAAUUGUCGGGUAAGUAUAAGAUCCAGAUGCCAUUAUUGUCGUGUAAACAUGUUUUGAUCAGCUUUGCACGUACGCGGCAUAUAUUACGUGCAUGUUAUCUCAAAGCGGAAUAUACUGUAUAAGCUUAAAACCAAUAGUCGCUUCUAUCAGUGACUUGAUUCAGGAAUUUGAAAGAAAAGCAGUCACUUUCGAAUUUUAAAAUGUGGUGCUCCUUCCUUCAAGUUAUUUUAGCUUUUAAUAUACCUUUCAAUAUUUCCCAGUGACAGACGCGGACCCGUAAGUUUUUAUUCAGUCACUUUGAUCAGAAAGGUGUUUAGCAUUGUUCAACUUUCUCACGUCAUUCCUAAGAUUAACUGGGUGAUGGUCUAUUCUUUUCUCAAACUUCUCAGAUGAGACAUGAAAGGUUGUUAAUAUCAACGAUGUCGAUUAUCAGGAUUUUUUGUGUGAUAAUCAACCAUGCGCUAUUAAUGAUUAAUGCUUUAUUAAGGCUGGUUUUCACUAGCGACGGAGUUGGAGUCGGAGUCAUAAUCAGAAGCGUAGAGCUUAUGAUCUAGUGAAAACAGCGUUCCGAUUCCGCUUACGACUUCGUAGCUUACGUUCUGCUUAUGAUCUAGUGAAAACUAGAUUGUCGCAGUCGGAAGCAGAAGCAGAGGAACCAAACCAAUCACAAAGAGUGGGAACGUGGGUUCUGAUUGGCUUAUCCUUCCGCUUCUGCUUCCAACUCCGACAAUCUGGUUUUCACUAGAUCAUAAGCGGAACGUAAGCGACGGAGUCGUAAGCAGAGUCGGAAAAAAAGGGGAACAUUCUGAUUCUUCUGACUCCAAUUCCGUCGCACUUACGACUCCGCUUACGACUCCGACUUUUGAUUUUCACUAGGUCAUUAGCGCUCUUACGACUCCACUUACGACUCCGACUCCGUCACUAGUGAAAACCAGCCUUUUGAACAAUAUUAUUGGAUGAGGUUUUAGCCGAGCGAAGGCUGAGGCUGAUAACACUUACUGAGACCUUGAUUACCUGCAUUCAAACCCCACUUUACGGACACUCGCUUAAUAUGGACACCUCAUUAUUACGGACACUCGCUUAAUAUGGACACCUCAUUAUUAUGGACAGUUUGCUUUGUCCCUGGGAAAAGAAAACCAUUACAUUUUCUCUAAAUUCAACCCUCUUAAUGUAUGGACACCCCAUUAAUAUGGACACUUUUUACGGUUCCCUCAGUGUCCUUAUUAACAGGGUUUUACUGUAUUUAGGAUAUCAAAAAAAACGAAUCUAAUAAUUGUUUUAUUAUCCAUUGUUUUGAAGAAAAUGAUGACAAACAAACUGUCACAAGGAAACUGAAUUGAUAUUGUUAUUGCAAAUCAUUCAUUGCAUGUGCAACCAACAGAUGAGUCAGUUACCUGCUAGCAGAUAACUCACUAAUCUGCAUCACUAAUUCUGAGUUACAACCAACAAGUCUUUCUAAAAUAAAAUCAGAAACUUAAGACCUAUCUAGUCAGUAAAUAACUAUUAUUUCAACAAUCUGCAUUUUUUAUCAGGUAUCAUUUUUAAGAUGUGUUAUCUCUAACUUUUUAAAUCAACAUAAUUAUUAGAGCUAUACCUUUUUAUCUCUUAGGGCUAAGAGGAAAAGGAAAUUAAAAAAAAUUAAUAAUUAUUGAAAAUCAACCUAGGUUAAAUCAAAAUUAACCUGAAAUUAAAAUUUACCUUUAACAUUUAAUUAUUAUUUUCCUUUUAAUUGUGAGUUUAUACCUGUAAAAUAGGUUUUUAGCUGAGUGUCAAUUCUGUUAAUAAAUUGUUUUGCUGGGACAUGUAUAUAUAGUAAAGCCCUGUCAGGGUAUAAUUCCAUCAAGCAACAUGUCAGCAUUGAAACUGCAGUGACAUACUUGUACACUGUAAGACUCGAUGAGAUGGGGAAAAACAGCAUUAAGAUGGGUUGAAUACCAACAAGGGACAUGGCCUUCUCCUCAAAAGGCAAAGCAGCCAGAUUUAGAAUUCAGUCUGCAGUGGCUGAUCCAGGGGAGGGGCCCAGGGGGCACAGCUCCCCCUUGUUUUUGGACCAACUGAGGCGAAAAAAAAAUUUUUUUACAAAAAAGCUCUUAAUGUCAUAAACUGUAACUCCCUAACAAUUUCUUUUAACACUGUACUUUACUGCAGAAUAAUUUGUUAGCCCAGAUAAAACUAUGCCAGAUUUUUGUUAACUAAUAAAAAUAGUUAGUGCAAAAUUUCCAACCCUCUCCCUUCACAAGAAAAUCUCCUCAAAUGCACAAAAAUGUCAGACAUAUUGCUGCCCCUCCCCACUACUGUGCUCGAUGACCUUGACAGUGACUGGGUAAAUGAAUUUUUCCAUUUCAAUUUCAGAUGUGCAGAGGAUAAUCAAAUAUCACUUGGCAAAUUCUGUUCAUGUUCAAAUCUUUCAAUGCCAGACAAGAUCUAUACCUAUGACAACUGUCUGACUCUUGUGUUCAUAUCUGAUGGCUCCUAUGGGGGAUGGGGCUUUCAAGCAAAUUACACUACAGCAGAUAACAAUGUAACAAGAUUGGAUCCCAAAAACAAUUGUAGGUAUGUACAACUCACUUAGCUUGCCCAAUGUUUAUUGCACUAUUAAAGGAGUUGCUGUGUUUAUUUACUCUGAGGAAGUAAAAUAUUGUACUUGUAUUAAUCACCCAGUUGGGGAUGAGUCUAGUGGAUUAGCCUUUAAGGGUUAAAGAAAAAAAACCUCUUAGACUUUGCUAGUUGAGGAAAUUGAGAAUCAACCUCAGUGAAAAACUGAAUUCCAUUUUGACCUGUGACAUCUAUUUUGUAAAACUGUCAGUUGAAAUGUAAAGAGGACUCGGUGUGUUUUAAACUGUUAAUUUGCUGUAUUACUUCUGUGGUAAUUAUUUUAAUGUGUGAUAUUCAUCAAACAAAUUAAUGUUGUAUAUUAUGUAACAGAGACUACAACAGGGGAAUGAUAGAGUCUUGUAAGCUUGUUUUAUCUUUUGAGUCUGUGGAUAAAAUCCUGAGGUGUGACCAUAGGCCCACUUGGGAAAACAUUUGUUAUUUCUUGCAGGUUUUUAUUCAUUUUUAUUUCAUUGAGAAAUUGUCUCUGGUGUGUACUCAUACACCUUUGAAAGUAAAACGUGUCCUUCUCUUUUACAGUAGCAAUGAUCUUGUGACCCCCUCUCACGGAACUAUCUUUAGCCCCUUCUGGCCACUCAAGUACCCCCCACAAGAGAGAUGUCAGUGGCAGUUCAGUCCUCCAUCGGGAAAGAUUGUUCGUCUCUUUUUCACAAGCGGUGUUUAUGACACAAAAAGAUUAUGUACAGAUCUUUCAAGGCCCAUUGCAGAUGAUGACCAAGUUGUCCUAUCCUAUGGUACAGUUAUUUAGCUAUCUUUGCCACAUAAAUGGUUUAAAUUGAUUUUUUGAUGCUCUGUUUAUUUUACUGGUUUUAUAUUUUUAAUACUAUGAAGUCCCCAGGUAGUUAUCACAUGUAUCACAUCAUCAUAAUAUUUUUGAGGCUUCUUGGGCUAUGUCAUACCACACACUUCUGUCCAACAUGCAGGCUCUUAUUCUUCCUAGGAGCCUGCAGUGUUCCUUAUGAAGGAGUCAAUUUAAGUUAGCAUUAUUUUGUCCUCCACGUGAAUCCUGGACUUGCUGCCUCAUGCUGUGUAGAUCCAUUUGGAGUCUUCAUCUCUCCAGUCUUGCUUUCUAAUAAUAAUAAUAAUAAUAAUAGACCUGAUAUUGUAGUGCUGGAAAAGGAGGGGAGGGUGCAGUGCUUCAUUGUCAAUGUAACUUGCCCUUUUGAUACACGGGUAGCAGAAAAAGAAACAGAGAAGAUCUACCACUUUAAGGACUAAAAAGUGGAAGUGCAAAUUAAGAUCUGGAACUGCAGAGGCUGUGUAUCUGUCAUCCCUAUUGUAAUAGGUUGAUCAGUAAGCUGGGAACGCCUGGGUCCAUUGCAUUACUCCAGAAAGCUUGCUUGUUGGGAAUAGAGAAGAUCCUAAGAAUGACCCUAGACACCUAAGGCUCAAAGGAGAUCGCUUGAUCCUUUGGGGAAUAAGGCCAGGUAUAAGUGUGAGACAUACACAUAUAAUAAUAGUAAUGAUGCAGGUAAUGAUAAUAAAUAUUGACUAUUUAUCCAGGAUAACCCCAUCAGUAAAAAGUAGCCACUGGUAUCAAUUGGAUCCUGCUGGAGCAUGACUAAGAAUCAGAAACUAAUUAAGGAAUAAGAAUUACUAAAGUAUAUAAAAUUAAAAUUAAAAAAGCAAACAUGCACUAAGUUAAAAACUGUUUAAAACUGCAACAGAAUUAUUGUUUCUUAAACUUACAGGCACCUAAGAAUAAAAACUAUAGCAUGCAAAAUAAUCCAGUUUGACCUUUGGCAGUUUUGCUGUUUUCCCAUUAUUUGUAGUGUUUAAAUUGUUGAAAAUAAUUUUUAAAUGGAAAACAUGCUGUUCCAUUAAGGCAGUCAAAUACAAAACAGCAUGUUCUCAAUUAACUUCCGUUACUGUUAAAAAUCGAAGAUCUCACUUUUGGACUGCAUAGUUUGCGGAACUCUGGCUAUCCACGACUAUAAUAGCUGCAGUAUGUAAAUAUUGACAUAAUACUUGGAAGGAGAGGGUCCAGGCUUUGCAUCUAUUUUAGUCCACUGUUGCUACAAAUAAAUUUAGUUUGUUUAUAAAAGCUUGUCGGAUGUCACUAUUUUGGCUCAUUCUUGGUAAACAUGAAAAGCUAACAAGUACUGCAAAAGAAAGAAAACAACAGAGACCCCAAGGAAAAUGAAAGAUUUAAAACAAACAAAGAUUUCACAGGAGAUUACACCAACGUAAAUCUACAAUUUCACUAUUGUUAGUUGCUAGGGCAGGGGGGGAGGUACAAUGACAGCUGAACAUGUCUACUCAUUAAAGCCCCGUAAAAAUAUAUUGAUUUUGACUGAGAAUGAACCCAGCUCUGUUAUCUUGUUAAGUGGAACAUGUCUGUGACAAAUAGUAAGUCACUAAGUAAACAAGCAUAGGAACAUUAAUUUAUUGAUUGAUUGUUGUAGUUUUUGUUGGCAACUCUUGUGGUACUGUUCUUUGAAUUUUCCUUUAAUUCUACUAUCAAUUUAUUAGUUGUUAGCACACAGACAACUGUGUGUAAACUGGUGAUAACCUGUCAAUCAUACUGUAAGCAGAGAUGCAGGUCUCCACUUCUACCAAGGUUUCUAAUGGCAUUUUCUCAUAUUUAUUCUCCCAUUCAUCUAAAGGUACAAACACUACAGCCUAUGAGUCCAGCUACAGAAUUUGUUUUCUGCCAUCCAAUUUUUUUGUCAUUGAGAAUGUUACAGCCAUUCAUUUGCUCUUUUCUUCUAAUGAUGAUCCUAGUGAUAGAGGCACUGGUUUUAUGGCUGGUUAUGCCACAUAUGUUGAAGGUACCAUUAGUAGUGAUUACCAUUAUAAUAUUAUAGCUGCCAUAAAGUAACAUACACAUGUAGGCAGGUAGGAUUCUGAUGUACUCGAUGGUGCAAUUUUGCACAAUUUAUUGACCUUUAAUGACCUCAAAACGCAUUUGAUCAAACAAUUUAGGAAAAUCACAUACAAAAUAAUGUAAUUUGUUUAAAAAACAAUUUGACUGUUGGUUAAGUAUAUGAACUUAGAAAUUGAUAACAUACAAGUUUUCCCUUCCUUUUUGUAUUUAGGUAAAGUGGAUCCUGUUACUGGAGGGUAAGAAAGCUUUUUAAGAUGUGCUAGGAAUUUUGAGAAUUUAUAUAUUUCUUUAAAGUUUGAGAUGGAAUUCUGCUCUUUUCCCUCCACAUGGAAGGUAUUUGGUUUAGGUUACAAAAUUAAUAAUCAUUACCUCUCCCUGCAAGUAGCCAGCAAUGCCAGCUGCUCAAAUAUGACAAUUUACAUAGGCUGGAAAAGGAAUAAUAUAUAGUGCAUAAUAAUAGUAAGGGGAGUAGAAAAUAUCAGUCUGUCAGCAUUUAAGAUAAGAUGUACAACCUCUCUUACAAUGCAACUUAAUUCCCUGUUUGUAUGCAGUCUGACUACGUUGUUAUAAUGACCAGUUAGUUGUUAAAGUGACUGAAAAUCUUAUUCUUGAAAACCACUGGAGUUAAUAUUACCAGAUUCCCAUGGCCUUUGGAUGAGCAGAAUGACAAGGUUUCAUUGCAGAAGAACAAUGGGAAAUGCUUAUAAUUAUGCAGAAGUUGCAAAAACCAGACUUAAGAUAUUUUCCAGAAUCACCUAGUCUGUCCAAUUUGUCAUACUGUCUAGUGUUGGAUCCUUAAAUUUUAUGUGGUAACAUGUUAAUAAAUAUGUUACCAUUACACGUAUGCCAUUCUUUAUGUUUCCAUAGCAACUGACUGUUGACAGGCAUUUAUUGCAACACUGGGAAUUUUCCCUUUAAUCUGUUGUUUGUCUAGAUUUCCAGAUUAAAUUAUUACCUUUUAACAUUACUUAGCAUAAUGUUAUUUAUUAUUGUUGUGGUCUUUCAUGAAUUUUUUGGUGUACUCUAAGUAGUCUUGCUACAACCAUUAACACCUAAAACACCCUAUUUUACAAUGUUUAACAAAACCUUCAGGCAGUUAAAAGCUAAGCUACAUUUUGUAUCAUCUCAACGUUUUAGAACAAAUGUAGUUUUCAAGGUGGUGCAGAUCUAGAGCAACUUAAAAUCAUGUUUUGCACAAACACAUAAACACCGAUCCUUCACAAAGCGAAUUAGGUCGCAUAGGUAAAAAUUUGUACUCGUGUUAGUCACGGUAAAGCUUUACCACUGAUUGGAAUUGCUCAAGAAUUUUGGCCAUGAUACUUACAGUUGUUAGGCCAUUGUGGUGCGAGAAUUACGUAGUGCAUGACAAGUGAUUCACAUCUCACGAGAGGGUGGUAACUUACUUUUGAGCGGUACUGUAUAUUUUCCAGUGUUAAACCUUGAUUUAUUUGUUUGGUGCAUCACCUGCACAAGAUGAUAAUUGGCCAGUAACAGAAAUAUUCGAGUAUCUUUAUUCAGUGGUAAAUUUGAAGGAUAACAAGUUCUUAACUGUAUUUACCGACCCCUUGUUUCCACUGACCAGAAUGAAAUUUUAUAAUAAUGCAAGGCUGCUUUAUUACUGGGGCCAUAAUGCCAGCAUAAUUAGUAUCUGGUUUGUUCAGUUUUUGUACCACUCCUCCUUAAUAAUAAUAUUAUUAUUUUUGAUUUGCAGCUGUCGGAGGCCUCUUACUGAAGGCGCAACAAGUACAACUUGGUCAACUACUGCUACCACAGUCACUAAAGCUUCUACAAAUCCUACUGGUGGAACUGAGGAAAAACUCUCUGGUGAGCCAUCACCUUCAUACAAAAGAAAAAUAUUAGAUAAUUUUAUCCAAGUUUUCAGUGUCUUUACAUAAUUUAUUGCAUGUUGUAUAAAGUUAUUGUUGAUAUUUAAUUUGUGUGUGUGUCGUUUUUCCUGUAGGUGUGAUUUGUUGUUAUAAAGUAGCUUAGCAUAACAGUUCACUCAGGACUACAUUUACGCGGGUGAUCAUACACCCUACAUCAUACAUGUGGACAGCCAGAACUAAGGUUUAGCCAGGGCUAAAAGCAAAGCUCCCGAUAAUAUUUAUAGUUUGUUCAAACAAAAUAUAAAAUCGUGUAAUGGUAAGCAGCAAAGGCAAUGCCGGAGAAUGUUGAAAAACAACAAUAGAUCUAAUUAGCAAAACAAGCAACUUUGCACGUGCAGGACACUGUUUUUGUACAUUUCUUUGCCAUUGUUUUGCAUGACUACAACGUGAAACUUCCUGAAAGCUCUUAGUUGCACGUUUUAUGGAGGAAAUGUCGUACGUGUUCUCAUUCCUUUUUUUUUUCACUACCGCUCAUUUUCACCUUGCCUUGGUGGCCUUCCCAUUUUGCCACCACCUCUACAAAAUUUUCUUGUUGUUCUUCCAACAAAAAAAUGUCUCCUUUGUUUUUUAUCUCUCACUCUAGAUCUCUGUCACCCUUUUUCUCGUUGAGCUUCGCUGACCUGCUGCCUACUUUCUCCUUUUCUCUUAUCUUUCUCCUGCUUUAUAUUCCAAAUUUGUGGACAUGACAAUAUUAUUAAUCUAAGCUAAAUACUUUAGACAACACGCAUACAGAAACAAUUUUCACUUUCCAUUUUCGUCUUUAUUGACUCUUUGGUUGUCUCUGCUUUACAAGACGCCAGUGGCUAUGCGAUUUCCCGCCAAAAUAACCUCUGUUGAGCAAGCUGUCAGUUAUUUUACUGUUAACAGUCUCUCAAAAACUGUUAAUCCCUUUGCCUGAAUGCUUUUUACAUGGCUUUCGUUAUCAUCGGCUCGUGAAUAAACUUCUGGUUAUUUAGCUGUUGCUGUAUUUACACAAUAAUUAUAUUGUGGUAUUCACCGUAAUGUCGGUGAAUUAAUUACAAGUGUACAUGUAGUAAUGUCGUUGGGUUCUAGGAAAGACAAGUAAAGAAAGCCCACUCAGGGCCUCGGUCAGUUUAGUUUGAAUCUAACUGGUUCUUGAACAGAUGGCAUCAUUUGUGUCAUGUAAGGUAUAGCCUCCAUGUUUCUCAGUGCCUUACUGUUAAUCAUUAACUAAGAAAGACCUUUACAAGGUAAAAUUGAGAUUAUUAGACACUGUAUUAACAUGAAUAAAAGGUUUUUUUUCUUGAUGGUAGGAACAAUCAUCUUUCGCAUAACAGUAUAGUGUAACAGCUUUUUUGACUGAUAUAGUCUUUCCAGGGGGUGCCAAACCAAGUAGGAAAUUCCAGGGGGGUGGGGGGUCUAAAGCAAAAAUACCCUCUGUGGGGGGUAUGGAUAUUUUCUGGAACUACAUGUACACAAUUCACCUACAUUUGACAUUUUAAGUGCUUUUAAGUUAUUCAUUUUUUACUUUAAGAAAAGUUUUCACCACCGUCUCUGUUGUGGUUGCUCAAGUGAAAGCAAAGCUUAGCAACCUAGCUGAUACUAAACUUGACCAAAACCCGAUGCCACUUUGCAUGCCUAGUUUUGAUCAAAUCUGGAACGCUUCCCGUACUACAAACAUACUCUUAAUACAAACUGUUUUCAGCUUCUACAGCAACUACUCCAGAACGUAAUGGAAACCUCUCUGGUGAGCCAAAAGAUAUUCAGAUUUCAGUUUCUCUACUUUUAUUAUUGAGUGUUGUACAAAUUAAUGUUGAUAUGUAGGUUUUAAUAAUAUUUUGUUUAUUAUAUGUGUGUAUUGUUUUUCCUGUUUUUGUGAUUUGUUGUGAUACGUAGCUAGACAUGUUCAGUCCUAUUCAGCAUUACACUGACCCAGCUGGCGAUCAUAUGCCACCUACUUACAUAAUAAUAUGACUUCUGGGUUUGAGCAAGCUGUCAGUUAUUUUACUGUUAACAGUCUCUCAAAAACUAUUAAUCCCUUCGUCUGAAUGCUUUUUCAUGGCUUAUGUUGUCAUCGGCUCGUGCAUAAACUUUCGGUUAUUUAGCUGUUGCUGUAUUUACACAAUAAUUAUAUUGUGGUAUUCACCGUAAUGUCGGUGAAUUAAUUGUGUACAUGUAGUAAUGUCGUUGGGUUCUAGGAAAGACAAGUAAAGAAAACCCACUCAGGGCCUUGGUCAGUUUAGUUUGAAUCUAACUGGUUCUUGAACAGAUGGCAUCAUUUGUGUCAUGUAAGGUAUAGCCUCCAUGUUUCUCAGUGCCUUACUGUUAAUCAUUAACUAAGAAAGACCUUUACAAGGUAAAAUUGAGAUUAUUAGACACUGUAUUAACAUGAAUAAAAGUUUUUUUUUUCUCUUGAUGGUAGGAACAAUCAUCUUUCGCAUAACAGUAUAGUGUAACAGCUUUUUUUUUGACUGAUAUAGUCUUUUCAGGGGUGCCAAACCAAGUUGGAAAUUCAGGGGGUGGGGGUCUAAAGCAAAAAAAAUACCCUCUGUGGGGGUAUGGAUAUUUUCUGGAACUACAUGUACACAAUUCACCUACAUUUGACAUUUUAAGUGCUUUUAAGUUAUUCAUUUUUACUUUAAGAAAGUUUUUUCACCACCGUCUCUGUUGUGGUUGCUCAAGUGAAAGCAAAGCUUAGCAACCUAGCUGAUACUAAACUUGACCAAAACCCGAUGCCACUUUGCAUGCCUAGUUUUGAUCAAAUCUGGAACGCUUCCCGUACUACAAACAUACUCUUAAUACAAACUGUUUUCAGCUUCUACAGCAACUACUCCAGAACGUAAUGGAAAACUCUCUGGUGAGCCAAAAGAUAUUCAGAUUUCAGUUUCUCUACUUUUAUUAUUGAGUGUUGUACAAAUUAAUGUUGAUAUGUAGGUUUUAAUAAUAUUUUGUUUAUUAUAUGUGUGUAUUGUUUUUCCUGUUUUUGUGAUUUGUUGUGAUACGUAGCUAGACAUGUUCAGUCCUAUUCAGCAUUACACUGACCCAGCUGGCGAUCAUAUGCCACCUACUUACAUAAUAAUAUGACUUCUGGGUUUGAGCAAGCUGUCAGUUAUUUUACUGUUAACAGUCUCUCAAAAACUAUUAAUCCCUUCGUCUGAAUGCUUUUUCAUGGCUUAUGUUGUCAUCGGCUCGUGCAUAAACUUUCGGUUAUUUAGCUGUUGCUGUAUUUACACAAUAAUUAUAUUGUGGUAUUCACCGUAAUGUCGGUGAAUUAAUUGUGUACAUGUAGUAAUGUCGUUGGGUUCUAGGAAAGACAAGUAAAGAAAACCCACUCAGGGCCUCGGUCAGUUUAGUUUGAAUCUAACUGGUUCUUGAACAGAUGGCAUCAUUUGUGUUAUGUAAGGUAUAGCCUCCAUGUUUCUCAGUGCCUUACUGUUAAUCAUUAACUAAGAAAGACCUUUACAAGGUAAAAUUGAGAUUAUUAGACACUGUAUUCACAUGAAUAAAAGGUUUUUUUUCUCUUGAUGGCAGGAACAAUCAUCUUUCGCAUAACAGUAUAGUGUAACAGCUUUUUUGACUGAUAUAGUCUUUCCAGGGGGUGCCAAACCAAGUUGGAAAUUCCAGGGGGGUGGGGGGGUCUAAAGCAAAAAUGCCCUCUGUGGGGGGUAUGGAUAUUUUCUGGAACUACAUGUACACAAUUCACCUACAUUUGACAUUUUAAGUGCUUUUGAGUUAUUCAUUUUUUACUUUAAGCAGGGUUCGUACGGGUCCUGGAAAACCUGGAAAGUCAUGGAAAUUUAAAAUUUCAAAAUCCAGGCCUGGAAAACCUGGAAAAUAUGUGUUGGUCCUUGAAAGUCCUGGAAAAUUAGACUUUUCCUAGGACAGUGAAUAAGUUUCUUUUCAUUUUCUUCGCUCACAUUUUCAAGUUUUUUGUGGGCGACAAAUGGACGUGUACAAUCUUGCAAAAUCGUACCUGUCGUUAAUCCCAAAACCUGACAGUUCAGAGUCUGGGCUCUAGCUACCCCUGCAGUUUUACGGGCUUCCCAUGUUCAAAAAUUUUGUUGUUUGUAUCUGGAUGAGAAUGGCGCCGUUGUUUCGUUCUGUUUUAAAUCUAACCUGCAAAGCAGGCGUAUUUUGGAGCGCGAUCCAUGAAUUGUUUUCAGGAAUGACGUUGUCCCGCCAUCUUGGACGUUAAUACUACCAGAGAGUUGGGACGUGGCGGCCACGAUCAAUGUACCUCCGAGUUUUCGUUAAAAAACGCCUGCUCUGCAGUCUAUUUUAAAUCAAGUCAAAACGUACUCAAAAGUAUUGUUUCCGGCCCUUGUGAUUAAGCUGAAUGAACAAUGCCUGGGAAGUGUACUUUCAAAGAAAACUGGACUUCUCACAAGAUAUACAAAGACUGGAUAUUACAAGACUCAAGCUCUCAACACAAAGCACGUUGUCGCUUGUGCCAAAAAUCAUUGGACUACUCAAACAUGGGGGAAUCCACCCUCAGAAGCAGAGCUGUCAACUCUCCCGGAUAAUCCGGGAGACACCAGAUUUUGGACCGUAUCUCCCAGUCUCCAGGUUAGAGUAUGAAAUCCUCCCCAAUAAUCGCCGAAUUUUGCCAUUUCUUGUAGAGUCGACUUUCCGACAAUAAAAUUUCAAAUAUUUUGCGUUGUUUGAGUUAUUUUUAUACUGUUAACAUCAAGCGUUGUAAUCUCCGGUAUGCCAUUAUACUAUAAGCAAUAAUGUGAUUGGUGGGAAGUAAACCGAUCAAGUCAAAUGUUGUUCAACAACAUCUUUUUCGCGCGUUUUGUGUCAUCGCUAAUGCGGGGCGAUCGGAGUCAACAGUAUCUUUUGCAAAAAUGAUGUCAUGUGCCAUUUGUUAUGACGUCAUCUAUCAUCCCUUUGCUAUCAUUUCUCAAUAUUUGAAGACGUGGGAGGGUUGACAGCCCUGCAGAAGUAACAGGAGAGGGAGUAAGCACAAAGAAUUAACAGCAUUAAUAGCUGAGCGGUCAGUGCCAAUUAUCCAGUUUAUGUCUUCAAAGGCAGUAUCUUCAUCUAGCUCUGACAAACCUGGUCCUUUGAUGUCUUGUGGCUUACAUUCCAGCCCUUCAGUACGUGAUGCAAGUGCUGCAACACCAAGCUCAUCUGCUUCUCUUAAAGAAACGGUCGAAAAACAGUCGAAAACCGGUCAGUAAUUAAGUAGCACAGUCAAAAAGUCAUGGGAGUUCCUCAAAACGAAAACCUGAAGAAGCUUCUAAAAUCGACAGCGAAAUAGACCAGAAGCAACAGACUCUUGCAGAAACGUAGCAAAAAUGCUACAUAGUUUGUUGGUUUGUUUGGAUUGUUUCAGUUUUCCUGGCUAUUACUGGUCCUGGAUUUUUGUAAAUAUGGUACUUGAAAGUCCUGGAAAAGUCCUGGAAUUUUGAUGGACCAGUGGUGUACGAACCCUGUUUAAGAAAAGUUUUCACCACCUCUGUUGUGUUGUGUUCUGUCUCUGUUGUGGUUGCCCAAGUGAAAGCAAAGCUUAGCAACCUAGCUGAUACUAAACCUGACCAAAACUGGAUACUACUUUGCAUGCCUAGUUUUGAUCAAAUCUGAAACGCUUCCCGUACUACAAACAUACUCUUAAUACAAACUGUUUUCAGCGUCUACGGCACCUACUCCAGAACGUAAUGGAAAACUCUCUGGUGAGCCAAAAGAUAUUCAGAUUUCAGUUUCUUUACUUUUAUUAUUGAGUGUUGUAUAAAUUAAUGUUGAUUUGUAGGUUUUAAUAAUAUUUUGUUUAAUAUAUGUGUGUAUUGUUUUUCCUGUAUUUGUGAUUUGUUGUGAUACGUAGCUAGACAUGUUCAGUCCUAUUCAGCGCUACACUGUCCCAGCUGGCGAUCAUAUGCCAUCUACGUACUUACAUAUAUGACUUCUGGGUUUGAACCUAUCACAGUUUUGGACAUAAUAUUACAAUUAUGAGAUAUAAUUCCAAGGGUUUCUUUUCUGAGGAAUCCUGACAGGGUAAAACCUUCAAUUAAAUAUCCACUACAAGAAAAGUUGACUUCUUGAUGUGAUAUCCCCGUAAUAAGCUGGUAUAGAAGCUGACAGUCUCAUCCUAGUUUUUUUUUUUCUUUUCUGCUCCUGACAGGAGGUGAAAUUGUAGGAAUUGUGAUCGGAGGAGUGCUUGGUGCAUUAAUAUGUGGGGCUUUGGUUUGGUACAUAAUACGCUGUUGCAAGAAAUCGAAGACGUCAGCUGAGACAAAGGUAUUCCUGGAAACCCAGCCAGCUUAGAAAAGUGACUAGUAAGACCUUAAAAUGGAGCCCAAAAUAUGAUUGUCAAGGCCAUUGUCCAACGAGGGAUCGGCUAGCUGCUGCUAGUUGCUGCAGUAAGGCAAAUGCUGUGUUUAGCUGUUACAGUAUAAUCAAGC